AAGAAUUAGAUUUAAACGAUUAUGAAGACAAUGAGUUAGUACAAGAAGUUGUCCAAGAUUUAUGGAAAUUUUUUCAAUCAAAAAAUUGCGAAUGCCGAAUGAGAAAAACCUAUCAAUGUUAUGACAAA